AUGCCUUAUAGAAAUGGACAGACUGUAUCCAAGCGAAAACAUGGCGUCUAUUUCUCAAAGUUUGGAUUCUUCUCCAGCCUACUUUUUUCACUGUGCUGCCUGGAGGCUUGGAGCUCGCUGGGGAUGUGCAGCCCUUGUCCCAGAAACUGUUCGUGUACGGUGGUGGGACCCCAGAAUUCUUCAGUGGUUAAUUGUUCGAACAAGGGAUUGGAUUGGGGACCAUCAGCGGUGGAUCUCCCAUCUGACACAAAAAUCCUAGAUCUGUCCAGAAACCGCAUUCAAUCCAUCCCUGCCAGCCUCUUUGAUCACCUCACUUCCCUCAAGGAACUGUAUCUUCAGAAUAACCGCCUCACUGGCCUGCCGCGCAGGGUCUUUGGCUAUAGAUCUCUAGCCGUGCUAGAUCUGAGCAACAACCAGAUCACCACCAUAGAUGAGCGGAUAUGCGAUAGUUUAUUUAAUUUAACCGACAUUGACCUGAGCUUCAACCCGUUGGUGUGCGACUGCUCUCUGUACCGGCUGGUGAGCUGGCUGCAGGAGAAGGGGGUGUGGGUGCGGAGGCCCAACUCCAUGCUCUGCGACCAGCCGGCCUUCGUCAAGAACCAGCCGCUCCUCAACGUCAGCCUGCUCACGUGCGGCCUGAACUACGCGGGCUGCCUGCAGGAUGAGCAGCACAAGGGGGGGUCAGAGCUGGUCAUCUUCUCGUACUCCACGCCGGGCAACUUCUCGCGUGAGGAGUGCAACACGCACUGCUUCCGUGAGCGAGAGGCGCAGCGCUACGGGGGUCUGGGGGCGCACCGCGAGUGCCUCUGCAGCACCAACUCCGAGCCCAACCUGCUCAGCGAAUCACAGUGCUCCGCCGCCUGCACCGACGCCCAGGUCAUGAAGAAGUGUGGCUGGACCGUGGCGCCGGACGUCUUCCAGGUGGGCCUGUCCGCCUCUCUGUCUCUGCCCCGUGCGAGCGUCCACUCCGAGGCUGUCCUGUCGGUGUCCUCCUCCGUCCUCUACGUGUCCUACUCCUGGGUCUUCGGUGACCUCUCGCCGCGGGUCAACACCUCCACCCCCGACUCCACGGUGCGCCACAAGUACGCGCUGCCUGGACGCUACGCGGUCCACGCGGAGGUGACCGCGGGUCAGACCAAGGUGACGGCGGAAGGGGAGGUGAGCGUGGCUCUGCCCCCUCGUCUGGAGCUGCGCUGCCCGGGCACGCUGGUGGCCAACCACAGCCUGACCACCACACUGGUCAACUGGGGAGGAGUGGGGCUCUCGGCUGACUGGAGGAUCAUGAAGGAUGAUGAGGAGGUGUCCAGAGCGUCUCCGUUCUGUCCCCCUGACGCGGUGCGGCAUGACAAGUCCUCGCGCUGCUUCCAGCUGGUCAGCGUGGAGUCCGGCUGGCGUGAGGCGCGGCAGCAGUGCGUGUCCCGGGGCGGGGAGCUGGCCGUGGUCCGCAGCCCCAGCGUCCGCCACCUCCUGGCCAGCCAGGUCACUCAGGAGCGCGGCGUUUGGCUGGGCUUGAGCGAUGUGGACGACCCCGGCUCGCUGCGCUGGGUGGACGGCUCCGAGGCGGUCCCGGGAGAGGAGGGCUCUCGUGACAAAGGCACCAUGUUGCGCGGGAAUGUGUGUGUGUCGCUGGAACACACGGGCCUGCUCAGCCAACAUCGCUGCAUCGCCACGCGGGCUUUCUUCUGCCAGUUCACCAAGUUUGUGGGGAUACCUGACGCUGGGGUGUUCAUGGCGGGCGCCGCUGUCUUCAACGUCCACAGGCCUCUCUCUAGUGUAGCAGAAGCCCCGGCUCUGGAUGUGCCAUCAAAGAGUGUGGAGCUGCUGUUGUUCCCAGCGUUGAGUUUUACGCAGACUGCCCGACUGUCCUCUCUGGAGCUGAUCACCCAGCAGCUGAGCUCUGAUGCACAGGUGCGCUUUCAGGUGUACCGGCCGCAGUGCCAGAAGCUGGGCAAACACCUGCUGCUGCCAGGUUGUGGUCAGCUCUGUGCUCCCAUCGCCUUGUGCCAGGACGUGGAUCAGAUGGCAAAUGGCACAGCGCGACCCACUCCUCAGUGCCCGUCCCAUCAGCAGUGGUGCCCCUUUGUGGAGGGAUGCCAGCCCCUGGAGACCCCGUGCCACCCCAGCUCCUGCUUCAACUGCUCAGGAGUGGAGCCUCUGCCCCCCGGGGCACGGCGGCCCGAGUACAGCCAUGUGGGGGAGGACAUCCUCUUCAAGCUGCCCGCUGGACCCUCCGCACACCACCUGGUCCAAGAGGGAGUGGAGAACUUGCUAGUGUUUCCCGGUGAUGUCAUCGCCCUGCAGCACGAUGCGGGUCCAGGUGCCCUCCUCCACUGCACCCCUGACCCCUCGUCACCGUGGAGACAGAGCGUCCUCACCCUCAACCUCUCCAGCUGGACCACCAACAGCUCCAUCCUGGCCGGCGAGCCGGUGCACUGGAGCCAUGACAGCGUGUGCCUGCUGCGGGUGCUCCACGUGGGGGAGAACCAGACCAACCUCACGGGCCCGCACUUCACCGCCGGCCUGCCCCAGCCGGGGGACUACAGCCUGGAGGUCACCUCGGACGACCCCGACUUCCCGGUGACGGCCAGCUGCCUGCUCCACGUGGUUCCGCCUCUCGGCCUGUCUGUGAUUCACCCGGCCAACCAGAACGGGACCGUGUACUUCCGGCCCAAUCAGACGGCGCUGCUGCUGAUGGUGCACUCCCAGCACAGAGCGACGGUCAGAUGGCAGGGCAGCAACGCCACCGUCCACUUCGAGCCGUUCUGCCCCCAGGAGCUGGUGGCUAAAGUAGCCGAGUGCCGACAGACGGACCCCAGCAACGAGACGUGGUUCGCCUGGGUGGACCUCCACCUGGACGAGUCCACAGGCCCAGUGGCGGUGGAGCUCACGGCUAAGAGUGAGGUGACCACAGACAGCCUGACCAUCCAGGCACAGGUCGAGCUACCGCUCUCUGGUCUACGGAUACAACCACACCCCAGCCAAAGAGUACUGAUGCUGUCAGUGGUGAGCUACAUGGCCAUGGUUGACGGAGGCACUGACCCAAACUUCAAGUGGACAGUGGAUGAUAAACCAUAUUUCACCUAUUACAACACCGUUUUUAAUGUCAUCUACCAAAAUGCAGCUAUCUACAAGCUAACGGUAACAGCUAUGAACCACGUGAGCAGCCUGACCGAACAUUUCAACGUGACUGUGGACCGUAUGAACCCAAUGGGUGAGAUCACAGUGCUGGGGGUCCCCAGCAUCGUCCCACAGGGCUCCAACCUCAGCCUGGCCGCCUUUGUCACAGUGGACACGUCAGUGGACGCAACGUUCAGGUGGGCAUUUGGAGAUGGAGGAUAUCAGGACCACUACAAGGCUCCCUAUGACCAGUUGCAUGAGGCCUCUGAUCCCACUCUCAAGCAGUUUAACCUCCAAGACAAUAUCACCUAUAUGUAUGCCCAACCAGGGGAGUACACCCUCCUUGUCUCUGUGUCAAAUCGCUAUGAGAACAAGACCCAGAAGAUUGCUGUCUAUGUCUUCAGCAUCCUGACACAAGUGAAGAUUGAGACGGAGCCGGAAGUGCUGCAGGCAGGAAAGUCUGCUGAGUUUGAGGCUCACCCCUGGCCUUCCCCUUACGGAAUAGUUUACACCUUCGACUUCGGUGACAACUCCACGAGGCUGCAUGGUCGUGAGCGCCGCGUCACCCACACCUUUACCCACAGUGGCAUCUACAAUGUGUGCGCCACUAUAAACAACACCAUCAGUGCCACUGGGACAUGCGUACAGAUGAUGGUGUUUGAGGAGAUUAAGGGCUUAACGGUGCAGUCCUCAGGUCCCACUGAGUUCAACACACCUGUGGUGAUCACUGCGCAACUGCUGGCCGGCAACAAUGUCACCUGGAGUUUUGACAUGGGAGAUAAUAAGACUGUGCUGACCAGUCAGGGACCAACAGUUGAGCACACAUACAUUAAAGAUGGAAACUACUCAGUGAACGUCACAGCAAAGAAUGCAGUGAGCUCUCAGUGGCAGGUGAUUCCUGUAAAGGUGGUUGUGCUACAGGUGCUAUGGCUGGAACCUGAACCUACCGCAUGCGUUCAGGAAAACACAGAGGUCCAUUUUCGUGCUUUUGUGUCAGGAAAUGCCUCUACGUACCAUUAUGAGUGGAGCUUUGGGGAUAAUACAAGUAAUGAGACUGUCUUUGCCACUCCUGAGAUCACACACUCCUUCUCGGCGAGUAAGAAAUACCAUCUCUCAUUGGUUUUGUCAAGUGCAGUAAACAGGGCAAACUAUUACACCUGGGUUUGUGUCCAGCCUGCCGUGAGAAGCGUGUCACUCGAACCCUUGAAUAGCCAUAUCAAACUUGGAGAGGAGAGUAAGUUCAGAGCUGUAGCCGUUCCCGAAUUCGCCUACACUUAUCACUGGGACUUUGGCACCAGUGACCCUAGAGGGCCCAUAGAAGGAGGAGCAGACAUGGCAUUUACAUACAAAGACCCUGGACAGUACCAGGUUAUGGUGAUUGUGCUCAACAACAUCUCGUGUAGCAAUGCUACCAUUACAAUUGAGGUGCAAAAGCCAGUGGGCUCCCUAAUGAUUCUGCACAAUGGCACCAAAGAGAACAACCUUACAUUGGAUCAAGACUACACAUUUGAGGCUUAUCCUGAUUCCACUGAUGUUCAGUACACCUGGAACUUUGGGGAUGGAAACAUCUUCAGUGGCUCAAAGGCCACGCAUUCCUAUAACCUCUCAGGCCUGUUCAACAUAACCCUGACGGGACAAAAUGCAGUGAGCAGCAAUAAGACUGUGCUUCUAAUGUCUGUCCUGAGACCCAUCCUAGGCUUGUCAGUGAAUGCUAGUGUAGUGAAUGUGCCACUCAAUGCAUCAGUGAACUUUGAGGCACACCUUCAGCAGGGGGACAAAGUGAGGUAUUCCUGGAUCCUUUGUAAUCUUUGCACGUCCAUUCCUGGCUCAAACACCAUGUUCUAUACAUUUCGCUCUGUUGGGACAUUCAAUGUGAUAGUUACAGCUGUCAACGAUAUUGGCACUGCCCAAGCAAGCAUCUUGAUUUUUGUACAGCGGGAACUGGAGGGUCUGCAGAUCGUUGCCGAGGAGCUGGAAGAUAAGUGUUGCCAUGCCACCAACCAGGUCCUUCGUUUGCAUGCGUCUCUAAGGGAAGGAACAAACAUGUCAUUCAACUGGAACAUUCUGAAAGAGCAAGAGACCACGCCUCCAUUAAACUAUAGUGGUAAAACAAUUGAUCUGAAUUUUUCAACUCCAGGCACUCGUGAUAUUUUUCUGAUUGCCACCAAUCUUUUGGGCCAGUUGUCAGUCAACAAAUCCAUUAAGUUUUUGGAUCCUGUUGGGGAACUUUUCCUUGACAUUUCACCAAACCCUGUUGCAGUGAAUGCCAUUGUAAACAUGAGUGUGUCUGUUAGUGGUGGCACAGACCUUCAUUAUAAUUGGAUAGCUGACAGUGACCCGUUGGACUGGUUCGAUAGUCUGGUCCAUCAUGGGUUUGGGAGUCCAGGAAUGAGGCAGGUGACAGUGGAAGUCUCUAAUGAAGUGAGUACUAAAAACGUUUCCAAAUUGAUCAGGGUUCAGGAGCCAAUCUCAGGUGUGCGGCUUUUUGCAAGCAAUGUCACAGAACAGAACUUUGUUGCCUCUGGUGUCAAUGUGACCUUUCGUGGAGAUGUAAGUAAGGGGACCAACAUCACUUGGACAUGGUUGUUACCCAGCAGUAAAAUAACAGGACGACCAGUCACAUCCUAUGUCUUCCCAGAGCCAGGGAACUUCUCUGUCACAUUGAACGCUACAAAUGACAUCAGCGGGGAGGCAUUGUCCCGUGACUUCAUAGUCCAGAAUCGUAUUCAGGGGCUGAAUUUGAAAACCAGCAAGGUGAUUGCAGCAGUUGGAGAAAAUGUAGAGUUUACCAUUUCUGUUGCAUCAGGAACAUCUGUCUUUUUCUUGCUGAGUAUCAGUGGAGAUGCCUCGGUGGAGCUUCUAAACAUGACUUACGUACACCAGUUCACAAGGGUGGAUCCAUAUAUAGUCAACCUGACCGCCUUCAACCAAGUUAGCGCUGAGAGAAAGUCCCUGCAUGUGGAAGUUAUGGAACCUGUGAAGCACCUGUCCAUUGUGAAUUGCUGUGAGGCUGCCAUACCUGUCGGAUUGCCCAAGACCUUUGUUGCGAAUGUAGAGUCCGGCAAACCUGUGACCUUCCUGUGGACCUUUGACCUGCAUAAAACGGCUGCCCAGAGAACAGUGGUGGCAAAAGAGGCCACCUACACCCCCACAGAGCCCGGCACACUGACCAUUUUCGUUCGUGGCUUUAACCUUCUGGAUCCCUCUGGUCUAAAUAUAUCUGUAACAGUCCAGGUUCAACACAUCCUAAAAUCAGCCACACUUGAAGCUCAACCACAAGACACUUUCAUUAACAAGGUGGUUUCCUUCCGAGUGGCUGUGAGCCCACGCAACACUCGGGCCACCUAUGAGUGGGACUUUGGUGAUGGUAAGAAACAUGUCUCUACAACCCCCACUGUUAGUCACACAUUCUCUCAGCCUGGGCAGUACCUGGUGAGGGUCAAUGCCAGCAAUUUAGUCAGCUGGGUCCUGACUGAGGUGGAGGUGAACAUUCGUGUUCUGGCAUGUGAGGAGCCAGAAGUUCACAUCAAGCAAGCUCCUUAUUUGGGUAUUUGGCGCCACAAGACGACCCUGGUGGAGGCCAGUGUUGACCUUAAAGGCUGUGAUCACUACAGGGUGGAGUAUCUCUGGGAAGUUCUGGCCACCCAGGACUGCUCUGAUGAUGAUGACAUGAUGACACCCACCAAGAUGCUUCUGCCCCCUGAAGUGGAUGUACAACGGAUCCAGCUUUCUGUGCCCAAGAUGGCACUGCCCGCUGGGAACUACACCCUGGUCUUUUCCUUGGCAUAUGAGGGUGUUCCUCUGAGGAAGGCAGCCUGCCUCCAGUUAUCCGUGAAGGCUGGGAAACUGGUCCCCAUUAUUGAAGGUGGCACAUAUCGUGUGUGGUCAAAGACCCAGGACCUUCUGCUGAGUGGAGAACAGUCCCGUGACCCCAAUGUGGACUUGGAGAACCCUUCACUUCUGAUCUAUCACUGGGACUGUGAAAGCACCUCAAAGGGUCCAUCUCACUGCCCCGCUCUGGACUAUGGCUCCAGUGGGCCUGUUCUGGGAAUAGCCGGUUCGGACCUGGAGGUGGACGUUGAGUACACUUUCCGUCUCACCGUUAGCAAAGAGGGUAUGCCUUCAGAGUCAACCGUUCAGAAGGUGCUGGUCCAGAGUGGUCUGAUCCCCAUGGUCUCUCUGGAGUGUGUGUCUUGCAAGGCUCAGUCCAUCUUCGAGGUCAGCCAGAGCUCUAAGGUCGACCUGGCUGGGACCUGCAGCAACUGUGGACUGUCACAUCGUGGGCACUGGACGGCCAAGACGCAGAGCGAGGUGGCGCUGCCGCUGGACGCGAGCACCACCACCACGGGCAGCGAGGGCAUGCGGCUGGUGCUGCGGCAGGGCAUCCUGCAGGACGGCGAGUCCUACGUCUUCACCCUGCACGUCACCGACCAGCACAUGGACCGCGCCGGCGUGGCCUCCAUCCAGCUGCAGCCCAACCUGCCCCCCUCGGGAGGCUCCUGCUCGCUGUGGGCCGACGGCCCGGGGACUCACGUGCGCACCCUGCUGGACAAGGUGUACUUCAACUGCACAGGCUAUGCUGAUCAGGAGGAGUCCCCCUCGUCCCUGCUGUACAGCCUGCUGCUGCUGCGCUGCUCUGACUCCCUGUGUGAGGAGUUCUGCGUGUACAAGGGCACCAGCCCCGAGCACUCCACCUUCCUGCCCCCGGGCUUCAGCUCCACCCACCACCUCGUCUCCGCCACCAUCAUCGUGGAGGACCACCAGGGGGCGUCCAUCCUGUCACUCAACAAUACACUGAAGGUGGUGUUGCCGGAGGCCCCAGCGGACUACAGCAGCCUGCCCCACUGGCUGUCUCACCUGACGGAGACGACCCUCAGAGACCUGCUCAAGCAGGGAGACUCCCAGCGCGUGCGAGAGCUCUCCUUGGCCCUGAUCACCGUGCUCAACGAGUACGAGCAGACCAAGCCGACCAUGCAAGUGACCCGAGCGGAGCGGCAGUACCGGCUGAGCGUCCGCGGCAACAUCACCAGAGCGCUGACCGCCCUCGACCUCACCACCGUCAACGACAUCCAGCAGACGUCCGCCGCUCUCGCUCAGUGCACCGCGAUGAACCGAGAGUUUGUGUGUGAAGAGUGUCAGAACAGCACGCUGGAUAAGCUGGAGUCCAUGCUGGAGAUAUUACAGACGGACACCAAACAGGGAACGGUCACCCCCACAGAGAUCGCCGACAACAUCCUCAGUAUCAUGGGUGACCUGAUCCACCAGGUGAGCCAGGCGGCGGUGGUGGGCAUGGCGCUGGAGGCGGAGGACCGGGCGGUGGAGGAGCAGGCCCCGGUGCUGGACGACCCUCACCCGCUGCGCGUGGCGGCCAAGGCGUACACGCUGUCGUCGGAGCUGAUGCGCAUCCUGAUGCACUCGCGCGUGCUCAACGAGGAGCCGCUGAUCCUGCGCGGGGACGAGAUCGCGGCGGCCGGCAAGCGCGCCGACCCCGAGAGCCUGCUGUGCUACGGCUCGGCCGACCCCAGCCCCGAGUGUCGACGCUUCUCCAUCCCGCGCACCUUCAACACGCGCCUGGCCAGCGCCGGGCAGCUAGCGGUCAGCGGGGAGGCGGCCGGCGGGGCGGGGGGGCCGGGGGCCGGGGGCGGCGGGGGGUCGUCGUCCGGCGUGGUCCAGCUGCUCUUCCAGGUGGAGCCCAACCCGUUCCCCUUCAACUACGUGGCCAACUACUCCGUGUCCACCGAGGUGGCGUCCAUGGAGUUCCGCACGGAGAACGGCACGCAGAUCCCCAUCGCCAACCUGGACGAGAGCCAGGCCAUCACCGUGGCGGUCAACAACGGCAGCGCGGCCGGCGUGGACGGGGCGGGGCCCGGGGAGAGGCUGCGUCCGGCGGGGAGCUUCAACGUGAGCCGCUGCAGCCACGUGCUGGUCAGAGUGGACGCUGGGAACACCAACCGGCAGGCCGGACUCUUCGUCCAGCUCAACUUCACCAUACUGGAGGACAGUGCUGACCCGGCCAUCGUGGCGUACCUGAACAGCACCCACUGGCCCAACGAGUACAACUGCAGCGACAAGAAGAGCAUCCACCUGAGCAUGACCCAGGGCCAGGAGCUGGACCACCGGCCAUACACCUUCUUCCUGUCGCCACUGUCACAUGACACCACCCAGGUGUACUACAUCAACGUGACAACGGGCUGCGGGCCGCACUACCCGCGUCUGAUUGGCCUGGAGGUGGGCGUGUUCUCCUCGCUGUGCCAGUACUUCAGCGAGAGCGCCAAGCUGUGGCGCACGGAUGGCAUGGUGCCCCUGGCCGAGACCAACGCCAGCCGCGCCGUCUGCAGCACCAGGCACCUCACGGCCUUCGCCGCCAGCCUCUUUGUGCCACCCAACGCUGUGGAGUUUAUCCCCCCUAAGGAGUCUGGGGGUGGACUGGUGGUGGUGCUGGUGUGUGUGCUGGGGCUGGUGUGCUACGCGGUGGCCGCUGCUCUGCUACACAAGCUGGACCAGCUGGAGCUGCGGCGUGCCGCCGUGGUGCCCUUCUGUGGGAAGGACGGCCUCUACAAGUACGAGGUGCAGGUCAAGACCGGGUGGAGCCGCGCCGCAGGCACCAGCGCCCAUGUGGGCAUCAGUCUGUAUGGCAGGGAGAGCCGCAGUGGGCACCGGCACCUGGACAGCAGCGGAGCCUUCACACGCAACAGCCUGGACAUCUUCCACAUCGCCACCGACGCCAGCCUGGGCAACGUGUGGAAGAUCCGCGUCUGGCAUGACAACAAAGGGCUGAGUCCAGCAUGGCUGCUGCAGUAUGUGUUAGUCAAGGACCUGCAGACAGGCAGCACCUACUUCUUCCUGGUGGAGGAAUGGCUGUCCGUGGACAACGAGAAGACGGACGGGCGGGUGGAGAUUGAAGUGGAGGCCUCCGAGGAGCGGGACCUUCGGCGCUGGCCGCGGCUGCUGUCGUGGGAGCUGCAGAGGGCGCUGUGUGAGAGCCACAUCUGGGUGUCCCUGCUGGAGCGUCCGCGCCGCAGUCCCUUCAGCGGCCUGCACCGGUCAACAUGCGGCGCGCUGCUCCUGAGCCUCAUGCUGCUGGCCAACGCCGUGUGGUACACCACCGUCGCCCACCGCCACAACAGCUCCACUGCAGUGGCUAACCUGGUGUCCUUGAACGCUGAGACCCUGGGUGUUGGCUUAGUCACCUGUCUGGUGGUCUACCCUCUGUACCUGCUGGUGUUCUGCCUCUUCAGGAUGAGCCGUAGCAAGGUGCUAGUGGAACAGUUGCCACCACAAAGCGAUCAGGAGUCUCUAGAGAUCGAUGACUUCCUGGAUAACUCCAUGACUGGAAGUUCCUUCCUCAUAUUCAAUGGCAUGUCUGACGAGACAUGCUCAGAAGAGACCAACAUAGACUUGCCCACGCCCUCCACCCAAAGUCUCCAGAGAUGGAGCGAUUGCCCAGACGUGAUGAGCGAGUCGUCGGUGAUGGCGUGCGCAGGGCUGCCCCCGAGGCUGAAGCGUGGUCAGGGCAGCCGGCACCUGGGAGUGGACAUCGCCUUCAACCCCGAGGACGAGGAGGCGGCGGGCGGCUACCCGCAGUACUUCAGCUCCUCAGAUGAGGACCUGAUCAAGCGGAUCCUGGCGGAUGGCCAGCUGCAGGUCUCUCAGCUGUGUGACCCCCAGCAGCUCUUCUCUGCGGCAGACAGCGACAUGGCUGACCUCUCCAGUAUAUUUGGGGAUAAGACCGAGGUCAUCCUGCUGCAGAAACUCAACGAGCCCGCACCUCUGGGACUCAGGAGAGAGCCGCCCAAAACCGCCUUCACCAACCACACAGUGGUGACGGACGUGUGUCGGCCCCGGCGCUUCCCCCCGGUGGUGGCUCAGGCGGCGCUGUGGGGCAGCUGGGGGGCCCUGGUGCUGUCCAGCAGUCUGUCCAUGUGGCUCGGACGCAGCAUGAGCGAACCCGUGGCCCUCAUGUGGCUCAUCUCCUGCCUGGCCAGCUUUGUGUCCUCCGCCUGCCUGCUGGAGCCUCUCAAGGUGGUGUGUGAGGGCGUGUACUAUGCGCUGGUGGUGCGGCGCGUGCGCUGUGAGGAGCAGGACGUGCUGGUGGAGUGGCCGCGGGUGGAGCGGGUCAGCCAGAGGAUCCCACGGGUCAGACCGCCGCAGGGCUUCGCCCUCUCACAGGCCCGCGACGAGGCCCGCAAGGUGCGCCUGCUGCACAGGAUGCUCAAGGGCUUCGUGGUGUACAUGCUGUUCCUGCUGGUGGUCCUGCUGCUCAACUACGCCGACUCCAGCACAGACACUCAGCGCCUGCAGCUGCGCAGCCAACUCCAGCAGCGGCUGCACACGGCCCACUUCACCAGCAUCAGCAGUCGUGAGGACGUGUGGCCGUGGCUGGCCGACUCGUUGCUGCCGCAGCUGCUGGACGGCCCCGCCCUGAUGAGCGCCACGGGCAGCGUGCUCCUGGGGCCACCUCGCCUCCGCCAGCUCCGCAGCCCCGCAGGCUGCCCGGCGGGCCACUCUUUCCCAGGAGCCUCGUGGUUCGGGUGUGGCGCGCGUGCCCACUCGGUGGGCUGGAGUGGACCGGGCGCCGGCCUCUCACCCAACUGGACGCUGAGCUCCGCUGAGAGCAACGGGGCGUGGCACUGGGGUCAGGCAAAGGUGUACGACAGUAGUGGAUAUGUGCAGGAUCUGACCACAAACAUGGACAUUUCCAGAGCCCUCAUUCAACAUCUCAGCACACAUCAGUGGCUGGACCCACUGACGAGGGCUUUAUUUGUGGAGUUUUCUCUGUACAACACCAACACCAAUCUGCUGGCCGUGCUGACCUUCCUGCUGGAGUUCCCCGUGUCCGAGCGCGUCCAGUCCAGCUUGGACCUCAAGACCUGCCGCCUGCACCGCCUCAGCCAAGGACUGGACCUGCCCCUGCUGCUCACGAUGGUUCUGCUGUCUCUGGUGCUGUUCUUCUUGGUGCGCGAGGGUUCCUCGGUUCUGCGUGAGGGUCGGCUCUACCUGGCGCGCGUGUGGAACCUGGCGGGCGUGUGCAGCCUGGCGCUGGCGCUGUGUGUGUCGGCGCUGCACCUGGCCCGCGCCGCCCUCGCCGACCGCCAGUGGGACGCCUUCCUGGAGCAGCGGCAGCGCUUCACCGACUUCUACGCCCUCGCCCAGCAGAGCCAGGCCAUGGGCUCCCUCAGCGCCCUGCUGCUCUUCCUCCUGGUGCUCAAGGCCUCUCACCAGCUGCGGUUCCUGAGGGAGUGGGCCGUGUUUGGCCGUGCGUUGCGGCGCUCGCUGCACGAGCUGCUGGCCGCCUCUGUGGCUCUGCUCCUCCUGCUGCUGGCCUACGCGCAUACUGGACACCUGCUCUUCCACUCGGUUCUAGAGGGUUACGGCAGCGUGCGGUCAGUGUUCCUGGCCUUGCUGGGCAGCGGGGGUCGGGGCCUGGUGGCGUGGCAGCCGUGGGGUCCGGCGGCGAGCUCUGGCUGGACGGUGCUGUUCCACUGCAGCUUCGUGGUGCUCAAGCUGGCGCUGCUCUGGCUGGUCACCUCGGCGCUGCUGCGCAACUACAGGUGUGCGCGCGAGGAGCUGUACCGGCCCGCAGUGGACCUGCAGGACUACGAGAUGGUGGAGCUCUUCCUCAGGCGCCUCAAGAUCUGGAUGGGCCUCAGCCGCACCAAAGAGUUCCGCCACAAGGUGCGUUUCGAGGGCAUGGAGCUCCCUCCGUCCCGCUCGUCCUCCACCAGCGACUGCAAGUCCCUGUGCCUGCCCCCGCUGGACACGCCCGAGGGCCCCCCGUCGCCCGACAGCGUGGACGGCAGCUCGGAGGCCUCGUGGCGGCCCGUGUCCUGGAGCCCGUGCAGCCUGGCCGAGGCGCCGGGGCAGAGCGUGGUGCUGGGCGCGCUGGGCGCGGCGGUGGGCGGCCACAGCUGGAAGGAGCGGGCGGAGAUGGAGGCCACGCUGCGGCGGCUGAUGCCCGCCUUCGACGCGCUGCUGCAGCAGCUGGACAGAGUGACCAUGGCCACCGAGGACCUGUACCGCCACGAGUGCCGUCUGGAGCGCCUGCAGCGCCGCAGUCGGAGUCGAGCGCGCAAGGUCAGCCAGGGCAGGCGCAGCGCCACGCGCCGGACAUCCAGCCGGACAUCCAACCGGACCUCCAGCAGGACGGAAGACCCGGCGGCGCCCAGGAAGCAGCCGCACGUCAAGGGCCCGCACAAAGGGAGCGGUCAGAAGGCGCCGUGGACAGAGGCCAGUCGGAGCUCCCAUCACGACCCCGGGAGCACGGUCAUCAGCCAGGCGCCCAAGGCCAGUGCCAACCCCCUGCCCCCUCCGGUGGUGGCUGCCCCUCCUCCUGCUCCUGCUCCAGGCCCUGGCGCCUGUGGCCCUGGUGCCACCCCGCCGCCCAUCCCGCGGGCACUGGACUGGGACACGUCGAGCGACAGGGACGGGCGCACGCCCUCCAGCCUGUUCCGCCACCCGGCGCACACCACCAUCGUGCCCAUGCGCAAGCGCAAAAGCAAACCCCCGCCGCUCAAGAACAAGGUGCACCCCAACCCAGACAGGCCCGUCUCAGGACACCCCAAACCCUGAGGACCCCCCCAGGGACACACAGGACAGAGCGACAGAGAGAGAGAGAGAGGAAGAGGAAGUGCUAUUUUUGUGUUUAUUAAUGAGAGAGCCUGAAGUAGGAACUGUUGCAGCGAGAGAGAGAGAGAGAGAGCAGAGCAGAUCAGGUCUCUAGGAAGCACCAGUGGCAGCUGGUUUUGUCUCUGGUGCGUCCGCUAGAGAAGUGUACGAGUACUAAUGGCAGUAUUGCUGAUGAUUGUGAUCAGCUGGAUCACUAAGAGGGUGCGUUAUGAGAAGAGGAGACCUAAUGGAUCCCUGGUGGCCUGAGUCAUGGACCUCUUGAUGAGUCAUUCCGGUUGGAGUCCGUUGGUUCCCAGAUGGAAGAGUACAGAGGUGCAGGACGCCAUGUUGUUUGUUUGUUUGUUUACUCAUCCGUUGUCCCUCCCAGUCCUUUUCCCGCCCGGUCUCUGACCCUUCCUGACCCUGGCGGUCAGCGGGGUCGGAUCCUGACGACAGCACGGCUCGUGCUCACACUGACCCCUGAGGAACUCCGCCGACCGCAGUUGUGGACUUGAGAGAUUUCGGUUGUUGUGCAGCGCUUUUGCCACAACUACAAAGCUGUUUGGUGUUCUUUUUUUGGUUUUGUUUUUGAAAUGUACUAGUGUUGUCUGUUCUGUUUCGAUGGAAGCUAUUCUCAAAGUCACAGGUAAUGUGCUUAACCUUAUAUGGUCUGCUCACCCACAAGUAGUAGGAAAACACUCUCACGUACCACUCACAUGUAUAGUGCCGCUUUACUAUUUGAAAUGCACACGAAUCGAUGCUUGCUUGGCACAUGUACACAUAUACUGCUUUAAAAAACUGGUGUAGGUGUAGAUUUUGUACAGUUACACACUUGCGUAUAUUCACACACACACACACACACACACACACACCCACACACCUUAACAGGUUAUCAGGGUGCUAAUGAAAUGGCAUUCCUCAGGACUCCUAAACCUUCUCUCCCCAUCUGUGUGCAAGAGAGGGGGGUCAAACCUGAUCAAUGUAGACUGCAAUAGAGACGUGAACAGAGGCAGAGGGAGUGGAGAGAGCGGGACAGAUAGAGCGUAAGUUAUGAGUGUGGGAGAACGCAAGAAAAAUGGACAGAGAUGGGAAUGAAAGAAAGACGAAGCAGGAAUAGAGGGAACAAGGGAAAACUGAAAAGGAAGAAAAGACCAGCAUCCUCCUUCCUUCUUAACAGCAGGAAACAAACUUGGGUACACUAUUCACAUUAGUCAUGUGUAUUGGUAGUUACUUAGCUAUUAUAAUGUUUUUAUUUUUGGAGUUUUAAUUGUUUUUUGUGUGGCCUUCAGAAGCGGUCGGAUGUAAAUGAAGCACUUUGUAUUGAUGUACAUAUGUUAAGUGUUUGUGAGGAUGUAAGCGUAUGUGGAAAUAUAAUAAGCUUGGUACGAUAUCAGUAAGAGAUAGCUUCACUCACGUUAUUCUACAAGUAGAUUUGGCAAAGCUUGCUAAUCAGUUAUGCAUUGAUUUAUUUUAAAUUAAAAUGAAGGUAAUUUCCUUUUGUUCUUAGCACUUUAUUUCCAUGUCAAGCUGUUAUUGUAGACCGUAUUUAACAUGUAUGUCUUGUCUAUCUCUACCCCUGUUAAGAAACAGCUAUCUAGAACCGUGUAUUAUGAAGAAUUGCAUCAGGAUGUACAACUGUUGCCAUGAUUUUGUUAUGAUGAGGUUUCUAUUUUUUUUACCAUAAUGUGUUGAUAUUUCCCCGAAAUGUUUCCUGGAAUAUCAGUCCCCAACCCCCCCGACAACCACAAUGUUUACCUUACAGUAUCUCAGGGACAUACAUACUUUUUCCAAACCUUUUGUUUAAACCAGAUUUAUUUUUUCAAUGUCUGUGGCGGAUAGAAGUGCUGGUUGGGCUUUCUACACGUGACCCAAGUGGUGUUCCAAAUGUUUUGAUUCAUGUCCACAAAUCCAGUCAAAAGCAAUAAGUUAGCAGCAAGUCAUGAAUACAGCAUUAAUACCAGGAGACCCUUCUCACUAUUGCCAUGAGUCAGUGUGUAUGUACAUAUCGGUGUGACCUGAUGUAAAUAUUAUUAAUAGUUUGUUGAUUAUGGUUUAUGAUGUCUGUUCCCAUAAAUUCAGCACUGACUAUGAGGGCAUUCUUUCACGCAAACAAGUUUAAAUUCUAAAUUUAUAUAUCCCAGUUGUACCUGGGCCAAAGGUUUGAAGCUACUUGGAAAUAUACUAGUAGCUUGUUGUAGAAAGCAGUACCCAAGUGUGGAGGUUUAAUCAAACAUAUUAAAUGUUGCUAAACAAUACCAAUAAGAUAUGACCAGGAGAGAUGACAACAGGAGUGAAUUACUUAUCUUUCAAGUGCCAAAGCCCACCUAUGUGUUUGUGUUUAUGUUUUCGUGUGUUAAAAGUGUUUUAAAACAAAGUGUCCUUAUUCCACGCGUCAUGUGUGGUCUGUACAGUAUCUUCCGUAUGGUAAGGCAUGAUGUUUUCCUGUUUUGUACGGUAUCAGUCUAUUUCCAUCUGGAGCACUUCCUGUCCUGCUUUUGCACUUGACAAAGUCAAAUAAAGGAAUUUGACAGCU